AGCCGGGCACCGCCCCCCACGGCAGUGCCAGCCGCGUGGGAGGGCAAAGUCGGGCGGAGGGGCAGACGACGAAGGCGGGGAGGCAGGGGACGCAGAACCGAGGGACAGACCGAAGCUGGCUGGCUGGCUCAGAGUGGGACUGACAGUGGCAGCGCUAAGGACAGGUGCGAGCAGUCAGCUUGAGACAGAGGGAAAGAAAAAAGAAAGAGAGGAUUCGCGUGCUCCCUCCCCUGCAGACGCCCUCCUCUGUCCAAGGGAAGAGGCUGGGGCACUGAGUGGGAGCGGGAGACAGAGAGAUGUGGGCUCAGAAGAAGGCAAGAGGGACCCUGUGUCGCUAGUGGGACCGAGCAACAAGGAGGAACAGACAGACCCACUCACGGACUGUCAGCGAGAGUGGCGGCCGGAGAACUGAGCGCAGGAAAGCCAGAAUCCCGGGCUGUGCUGUCAGGCUGAGCGCGAGACAGACAGACAGACAACGUGCAGAGAGACAGACGGGCAUACAGGAGGUGGGGGCACGUUCAUUCCCAGCAGCCCCCCACCCCUGGUCAGAAAAGGCAGCGGCGCGCCCCCCGAGUGUGUCUGGAGCAGCGUCAGGCGGCAGGGGUGGCGGGGUCGCCCCGCUGAAGCCACGGGCUUUGCCGAACCAGUGGCCGCCACAGCCUUUGCAAGGAUCCCAGCCUACGCUGUAAAAACCUCGUUUUACUAGCAGUUAAAUAAAUCGACCAAAAAAAAAAAAAAAACAACCAAGCCAAAUCAAACUAAUUCAGCCAAAUCAAUCGUUGAGAAACAAUAAUAUUAAUAAAAGCCAAAAACUUAAUCAAAUCAGACAAGGCACCAAGACGCUGGGGGGAUAUCCACUGUGCGGUCAAGGUAAUAAUCAAGGUCUCCGACGUGAGCGUUGCAUGCCUUUUGUGAAUCGUUUCCUUCUUUCUGCCAUAUAUGUGUGCCUUUCUUUCUAAUUGUUUCAGUCUGUGUUUCUCCUUCGUGUUUGUAGAAAGCUGUUGUUAUCUGUGUAUUGUGUUAUGUUUGUCAAGAGGGGUAAACAACCCCUCCCCCAAAUGAGGCAGAAAUGGAAAGAUUGGAAGAGGAUUGGAAAGGGCAGUUCUUCCCAUCAGAGAACUCCACAGUGAUUUAUGCAGGUAUCGAGAUAGAAAGUUUCUAAGGCUCUGAUUUCAUCUGAAAUAGAGCCAUACAAGGCACAAAAAGUUGUCAUCUGUUUGUUGGACUCUCAGGACUUGGGGUCCUGGCUCCCAAGGGGUUGGGGGUGAUAGAUGGUGAGCUUUAUUUUUACACGUUUGAAAACUGUGUUUCAUGGCAAACCCUAAUUGGACAUCUUCUGUGGCAGACUGUAAGUUUCAGUGGUAGAAUUGAGUUGAAUUAGACAGGUGUUUAGAAAGUUUCUUAGGAAGAGAAAUGGACUGAAUCUUUCUCCAUAGAAAUAGAGCUGGAAAGGAUGCGGUUGCUGUCGGCUGCUCAGGUUCAGUACUUGGCCAUCUCCUGAGGAUACAGGACAAGGAGAGAGUCCAAGGCUAAAAGGCAAAACAAAGACGGAAUCGCAAGUUAUGGGGAUGGGGAGCUGGUAAGCGCAAUGCAAGGCUGGUAGAUAAUCGCUUUCACGAGAAUGUGUUUAGAAUGCAGAUACCAGAUACCUGCUCGAUUUAUGAUCAUUGAGGCUAUUGGUAUGAUACUUCAGCCUCUCUCAACAAGCAUAGCGUUCUCCAAAGUUGAAAGGAAACUGUACAAGAUUGCGUGCAAAUGCUGACUAAACCCGAAAGAUUCCUACCUCCUCCUCAUCCACUUUGGAGAUCAUCAAAAUUGCUAUGAUUGUUUAAAGAAAACAGAGAAAUGGAGAUGACAGGGAAUCAUUUUUUAUAUGGUAAAACUUAGAAAAUCUUUGACACACGCUUUAAAAUAAAUGCACCUGCUCCCUUGAUCCUCUGUAUUUGUGUCACUACAGGGCUUGCAUGUCUUAAUAGUAUUGUAGUUCAUGUCAUUUUCACAAAAGACAGUCAUUUGGAAGCUGAGAGCUCUAGCUAUGUUUUGUUCAAAUAGCCAAGUAAUCUACUCUCUUGGCAAUAAUUGCUUCUGCUGCAUUCCUAAUGUGGAUCGCAUGUGAGAAAUGAUGUGUGCACUCCUUUCAGACUUAUGUGGAUUUUUAAGGUUGACGAUGUGUCAAACUGUGUAAGGGAAUCGCAUGGACAUGGGCAUUCCGAACUGUUAAUGGGGACAUGGGACUCCAGUUACCUCUGAUCACUUGUGUGGAUUUUCCCGGUGUAGAACGACAGAAGCUGCUUAGUGAGUCGCCAAGACCUACAGCAGGGAUUCUGCAUAAAAGGGCAUCAAACCUUGCUAUUUUAAUUUGCGUCUGAAAGAAUGUCUGAGCCAGGGGACCCGAACCAGGCCAUAGUGGAGGAAGGCGGGACUGAGCAAGAAAGGGCCACUCCAGAGAAUGGCAUUGUUAAGUCAGAGAGUCUGGAUGAAGAAGAGAAGCUGGAACUGCAGAGGCGACUGGCGGCUCAGAACCAAGAGAGAAGAAAGUCAAAGUCAGGAGCGGGUAAAGGUAAACUGACGCGCAGUCUCGCUGUCUGUGAAGAAUCCUCGGCCAGACCCGGAGGGGAGAAUCUGCAGGAUCAGGAAUCAAUUCAUUUACAGCUUUCCAGUUUUCCCAGCCUGCAAGAGGAUGAUAAAUCUAGAAAAGAUGACACUGAAAGAGAAAAAGAAAAGGAUAAAAACAAAGAUAAAUCCUCUGAAAAACCCAAGAUCAGAAUGUUAUCAAAAGAUUGCAGCCAGGAAUACACGGAUUCCACAGGCAUAGACUUGCAUGAGUUUCUGAUUAACACAUUAAAGAAUAAUUCCAGGGACAGGAUGAUACUCUUGAAAAUGGAGCAGGAAAUUAUCGAUUUCAUUGGUGACAACAAUAACCAUUAUAAAAAGUUCCCCCAGAUGUCAUCCUAUCAGAGGAUGCUCGUCCACCGCGUGGCGGCUUACUUUGGGUUGGACCACAAUGUGGAUCAGACAGGGAAGUCUGUCAUCAUCAACAAGACCAGCAGCACAAGAAUACCAGAGCAAAGGUUUUGUGAACAUUUAAAAGAUGAAAAAGGUGAAGAAUCCCAGAAGCGGUUUAUCUUGAAGCGAGAUAACUCUAGUAUUGAUAAAGAAGACAACCAGCAAAACAGAAUGCAUCCAUUUAGAGAUGACAGACGAAGUAAAUCAAUUGAAGAGAGAGAAGAGGAAUAUCAGAGAGUGAGGGAGAGAAUAUUUGCACACGAUUCAGUUUGCUCCCAGGAAAGCCUGUAUGUGGAAAACAGUAGGCUCUUGGAAGACAGUAGCAUAUGCAAUGAGACCUAUAAGAAAAGACAGCUCUUUCGGGGGAACAGAGAUGGCUCGGGGAGGACGUCCGGGAGUCGGCAGAGCAGCUCAGAGAAUGAACUCAAGUGGCCCGACCACCAGCGGGCCUGGAGCAGCACAGACUCCGACAGCUCCAACCGCAAUCUCAAGCCCGCCAUGACCAAGACGGCGAGCUUUGGGGGCAUCACGGUGCUGACCAGGGGUGACAGCACAUCCAGCACCAGGAGUACCGGGAGGCUCUCCAAAGCAGGUUCUGAGUCAUCCAGCAGUGCAGGCUCCUCCGGAUCGCUGUCCCGCACCCAUCCUUCUCACCAGAGUGCACCCCUGGUCUCAGGUGUGGCGGCCAGUUCUCCUGGCUGUGUGCCCUAUCCGGACAGUGGAAUGGGGGGCCAGGUCGGUUCCAGCAGCACCAGCUACAUCCUCCUUCCACUGGAAGCUGCAACAGGCAUCCCACCGGGAAGCAUCCUUCUUAAUCCACACACAGGCCAGCCCUUUGUGAAUCCCGACGGCAGCCCUGCAGUGUACAACCCCCCCAGCAGUCAGCAGCCCCUGCGAGGCGCCGUGGUGGGGUCCCAGCAGCAGCCUCGGCAGCAGCCCUCUCCUCAGCCACAGCAGCAGGUGCCUCCGCCACAGCCACAAAUGGCAGCAACGCUGGUCACUCAGUCUGUCCAGGGGCUGCAGGCUUCCUCCCAGUCAGUGCAAUAUCCAGCAGUCUCUUUUCCUCCCCAGCACCUCCUGCCUGUGUCCCCAACACAGCAGUUCCCCAUGAGAGAAGAGGUGGCCACACAGUUUGGCCAGAUGAACCUGAGCAGGCAAUCCUCAGGAGAGACUCCUGAGCCCCCACCCGGCCCUGUCUACCCGCCACCCCUCAUGCCCCAGCCAGGCCAGCAGCCCAGCUACGUCAUCGCCUCCACGGGCCAGCAGCUCCCCACCGGCGGGUUCUCGGGCUCUGGACCUUCCAUCUCCCAACAAGUCCUCCAGGCCCCUCCCUCACCACAGGGCUUUGUGCAACAGCCUCCACCUGCACAGAUGCCCAUAUAUUACUACCCAUCUGGCCAGUACCCUACCUCAACCACGCAGCAGUACCGGCCCAUGGCCUCCGUUCAGUACAGUGCUCAGAGGGGUCAGCAGAUGCCGCAGACAGCACAGCAAGCAGGUUACCAGCCAGUCUUGUCUGGUCAGCAGGGGUUCCAAGGCCUCAUGGGAGUGCAGCAGCCUACCCAGAGUCAGGGUGUCAUGACCAACCAACCAGGAACUCCGGUGCAAAGUGUGAUGGUCUCCUACCCAACGAUGUCUUCAUAUCAGGUGCCAAUGACCCAAGGUUCUCAAGGACUGCCCCAGCAGUCAUACCAACAACCAAUCAUGCUACCUAACCAGACAGGUCAAGGGUCACUCCCAGCCACUGGAAUGCCUGUUUACUGUAACGUCACACCGCCGACCCCUCAGAACAACCUUAGGCUGAUCGGCCCGCACUGCCCCUCCAGUACCGUCCCCGUGAUGUCGGCCAGCUGCAGGACGAACUGUGCGAGUGUGGGUGACGCCGGGUGGCAGGUCAAGUUCUGAGCGCUCUGGCUGCGGUGGGUUCCUUCACAUAAUCGCCCACGGCCUUUAAGGGAAGAGGAGCAAGGUGGGAAAAACUGGCUGAGGACUUAAGUAUUCACUCAACACUCACAUGAUUGCUGCUGAUAAUCCUGUAAAAAACAAAACAAAACAAAAAACAACACAAAGACUAAUACACACAUUAGCUGGUAAAUGGUGCAUAUUUCUGUCAUGUCUGCUAGGUAUGCCUUUAUAGCUUAGCUAGUGACAUGAAUUCAUCAAGGUAAGAUUUUCUCCUACCACUGAAUACCACUGUGUAGACGAUACUAUCCCUACUUUGGAUUAUUAGUUUUGUACUUUGUGUUGAGUUUGUGAUGCUAAAACUAUUUAAAAAUUAUAUACUGAACUCAUAUUGUACCAAAGCUGUCAUGGAAAAAGCAAAGAAUUGAUGAAUGGAAGGAAUAAUUUAUAUACACUAUAGAGUUUUCUUUUUUUAAUGGAUAUCUACUGUAUUGUAGUGUUGAACCAAAAUAAAACUAUUU